GGCGGCUGUGCUAUGAACUACGGAGCGACGCGUAUUUCUGUGUGGUCGAUGGCCCGCGUGUUCGACCCCGAGUUGCCUAGGAUGUCAUUCCCUGUGACACCGUCAAUGGUGUACACAGAGCCCGAUAUCGACAGUGGGGUCACGGUGCUUCAGCACUAUGCAAUUAUUUUUGGUUCUAUCCUUGGAGGAUUGGUGAUGCUUGCGGUGGCUCUGAGCCUGCUGUUCUGCUGCGGCCGUAAAUUCCGUGACAACAACAACGCCCCGAAGGAGCCCACAGACCCCGUGACGCUUGUGUUCACUGACAUCGAGAGCAGCACUGCGCUGUGG